UUUGGUAUUCCACAACAUUAAUUAACCAAACAAUGGCAAAGAUCAUAGCCAUUCUGAUGCUAUUACUGGUUGCUGGGUCAGCCAUGGGAGAUGGAGAUGAUCGUCCUAAAGUACCCUACUGCCCUAUCGUCCUCGACAACUUGACCCCUUGCCUUCCUUACGUACUCGAAAAUGAAGCGAAGCCAGCCAAGGUUUGCUGUAAUGGCGUCCUAGACCUGAGCCACUCUGCAGGAAAUAAGGAAGGUCGACAAAAUAUAUGUGACUGCAUCAAGGCUGAAGCUAUUUUGAUGAACAUGCCUCUUGAUAAUUUUUCUAAAUUUUCUUCUCUCCCUAAAGCCUGUGGCCUAUUAAUCAACCUUCCACCCAUCUCCAAUAACACCGAUUGUUCCACGGUUGAUUGAAGAUUUAAUGGUGAAGGAGUGGUGCUUCCAGAGUUUGGCAACUGAAUAAAUGUGUUUCCAAUUUCCAGCGUGUUCUUAAAAUUGGGAUGUAAAACGAAUAAUUUGUCUUCUCUUUUCUUUUGAAAGAAAAAUAAAUGUAAUAAGAAUAAAACAACCUUCAUGGGUCCGUGAGUAUUUUAAUAAAAACAAGGUAUCAGUACCAUUUAAUUUGAA